CUGACGUCACGGCUCCUGGCAGCCAGCAGCAGGACUCGGCAGGCGGGAGGCGACGGUAGUAGUAGUUGUAGUGAUAGGCGACCAAACCGCACACAUUGUAAGGUAGCAGCUGCCACUGGGGCCUCGUUUUGUCAAACACCUGCCCCGAAAACCUAAACAUCGUGGGCGAUUUCAUCGGGGAAUUAACAGGAGGGCGACUCCUGGUCAACUUCGUCGGCAGGGUUGGACACCGACACCCGACUCUCUCCCUCCGGUCUCCUGCUCAUCCUCCUCCUCCUUCUCCUCGCGGGGACCGACCGAGGACUGGUGUUUUUGUGGGGGAGGGGCGGGGCGGCGGGGUGGGUGGGGUCGUGUUGACUCCCAUGAAAGAUGACGGAGGAAACCAUGGUGAUCGCCAAGUGGGACUACCACGCCCAGCAGGACCAGGAGCUGGACAUCCGGAAGAGCGAACGGCUGCUGCUGCUGGACGACUCUAAGACGUGGUGGCUGGUUCGCAAUGGAGCCAACGCGACGGGCUACGUGCCCUCCAACUACGUGGAGCGCAAGAACAGCCUGAAGAAAGGCUCGCUGGUCCGCAACAUCAAGGACACGCUGGGCCUGGGGAGGACCAAGAGGAAGACGGGUGCGCGGGACGCCUCGCCCACACCCAGCAGUGACUCUGAGUGCCCCCCCAAUGGCAGCGGUGGCGGCGGCGGUGGGGCGGAGCGGCUCUACGACCUGGCCGUGCCGGCGCUGGUCAAGUUCGCCUACGCGGCCGAGCGCGAGGACGAGCUCAGCCUGGUGAAGGGCUCCCGGGUGGUCGUCAUGGAGAAGUGCAGCGACGGCUGGUGGCGGGGCAGCGCCGCUGGCCAGAUGGGCUGGUUCCCGUCCAACUACGUGCUGGAGGAAGGCGACGGGGAGGAGCUGAUGCCGGGGGGAGGGGAUUAUCAUGGCGUGGGUGGGGCUCCGGCGGUUGUGGUUUCGAACGGCCAAUCGGGAGGCGGCGACGACGAUGGCGGCAGGGUCUUCCACGCAGUGCAGACCCUUUACCCUUUCAGCUCGGUGACGGACGAAGAGCUAAACUUCGACAAGGGCGAGGUGAUGGAGGUGGUGGAGAAGCCCGACGACGACCCCGAGUGGUGGCGUUGCCGCAACGCCCGGGGCCUGGUGGGCCUGGUGCCCCGGAACUACGUGGUGGUGCUCAGCGACGUGCCCCUGAACCCCGCCCCCGUCCCCCUAGGCUCCUCCCCAUCGCUCUGCGUGGGCGCAACCAGUUCUGGCCGGUUCCCCGGGAGGGACUGGUACUACGGCGGCGUGACCCGGGUGCAGGCAGAGGGCGCCCUGAAUGAGCGGGGGCUGGAGGGGGACUUCCUGGUCCGGGACAGCGAGUCGUCGCCAAACGACUUCUCGGUGUCCCUCAAAGCGGCCGGCAAGAACAAGCACUUCAGGGUGCAGACGGUGGAGGGCGUGUUCUGCAUUGGCCAGCGCCGCUUCUCCUCCAUGGAUGAGCUGGUGGAGCACUACAAGAAGGCCCCCAUCUUCACCGGUGAGCAGGGGGACCGCCUCUACUUGCUGAGACCACUGCACUGACCCCCUGGCCGUUGGACACCCCCCGUGCAUGGGACACAUGCGCUCGAUACGGCGCUAGGCUAACAUACGGUACGCUACGCUAACUUGCGGUAUGCUAGGCUAAUGUACUUUAUGCUAACGUAUCCUACGCUUACGUACAGUAAGCUAACGUAUGGUACGCUAACGUACGGUAUGCUAACGUACAGUAAGCUACGAUUACAUACGCAAGGCUAACUUACGCUACAGGACUUCGAGAGUAUGGGGGGGAACAACCCAUCGUUAUGGCCGUACGCACUGGUAAGCUGUAUAGUUCGGUACAUAAGGCCCGAUCGUAGGCCUGGCGACAGGUUCUAUAGGGAUCGCCAUGGAGCGGGUUGGAGAUGGAGUGGAGGUGUUGGCGUGGGUGGUCGUCUUCACUUCCUGUAUGGCAAAUUGAGGCAAAAAGGAAAAACCCCACCAAAGAGAGAAGGUGGGUCCACAAAGGGGGGCUAGGGGGGGUUGACGAGGCACUGAAGGAUCCCCCCCCCACACACCCAGGGUGGUACUUCUGACAACCAUCCAUCCUGUCUGUCCUAUCAAAACGUCCCAAAAGGGUACCACCUGAACAGUCACUUCAAGACUUUCACCUAUCUUUUUAAUACACUUGCUUCGUUUCCUCGCGUCACCAGUCGCAUCCCUACUGUUGACUUCAUCCCUACUUUGAAACGAGGAUACCCGCUUUACUUAAAUGUUUGAGUCAGGACGAGCCUGAACACACACUGGAGAGAUGCCACACAACAGUUUUGCAUGGAGACUUCGUCGCCAGCACUGUCUGGCAUGUUGUCAUUCAAAUCUGGUUCAGGAACAAGGAACACGAACACACAAAGAACAUUAUAUCACUGGUAUCACAUGUAUGAUGAUUGAAUGAAUGAGUGAAAGGAGUAUUAACCAUGCACGAAAGGAGAGGGUUCACCCUUGAGUUCGGUGAAACGGAUCAUUCAUCGAGCUGGCUUGAAUGUUUCUAGGCAUACAGUGCUACCAAAAGUGCUGUUUGUUAACGUACACAUGCGCAUGAGCCAGAGAAAGAGCCUGAAAUGGCGGGCUCAGUCUGCUGAGUCAUGGGCGGUGGGGUUUGAAACCCGCGAGAGACAUGACACAGCAUUUCAGUUUAAAGAGCCUGUGUUUAAAUUGUAAAAUAAGGAGAAUCCUGUAUGAGUUUUAUCGGCUGUGCUGUUUGUAACGGGAGGGGAAAUAAAGCCGCACAAAUAUAGUUUAAGCAGGUCAGCGGGACAGGUUAAAUUGCUAUAACAGAUGCUGCCAGUAAGUAACAGGUACAUCAGGAAGAGAGCUCAACAAUUGCCAAGUUCAAACCUCUUUAUAUCCGACAAUGGCUCUUCUAUAUGAAAUGCCUGAAAUGUAGGCCGUGGAUGAAAUAAAUGAUCACCUUUUCCCUGGAGGCUGCUCACGUUUGUUUGUGUAUUUCGAGAGCCAGGAUUAUUUUACCGCUGAAGACACUGGAACAAUGUGGAGGUUAAGGUUGGUGUUACCGCUUUUGAAAAGAAAAACGACUUGUAUUCUCACAUGGAUACGUAAAAGUAUUAAGAUGCACACUUUUUAAUAAGGUUCGAUAUUCGAUACACAUGGCGUUUAUUCACAGCUCACAUUAUCGAAAUCAUGAAGGGAAUAUUCCUGUACAACUUCCCCAACUUCCUUAUCAUUUCAAAUAACUGUUUUCGGUUCAUCUUUUUGGUUUUUCACUGCUUUUAUUGUUUAUCUUGAGUUAUUUCUAAGAUGUCUUAAAGUUUUAGAGCAACGUUAUUUAAAUGUCAUUACCACUGAGAGUGUCUAUUUAAAAAAAGCAAAAAAAGCAAAUGGCAGAACACAAAGCUGUUUGACAUGUAGACGCAGUGGGAAAGUAGAACUGUACUGUACCAAUGAAUUUGAUGUGUGAGUAAGGAUACUUUCAUCAGAUUAAAAGCUUUCCGAAAAGAACAAA